GCAGCUGGGUGGCCAACGCCUUCGCCCAAGGGUUACUUGGUUGAAGUGGUGCUGCUGCCCCGAGCUGAGCGGACCGCAGGGCUGUCGGCAGGCGGUGCCCUCUUUCCCUAGCUCAGUUCUCUGCAGCUCUUGGCCGUGACAGGUGCUUGUGUCCGCGCCUAUCGCGGACGCAUUCUGACCCCGGCUCUUCCUCUCUCUGGAGACUGCCUAUGGCUGGGGACCGAGUGAGGUCGUUGCCUUGACGACGGCAGCAUGCGGCCCGCGGUCCUCGGAAGCGUGAGCUUGUGGAGGGCAGAAGCCAAUCUGCCUCCCUACCUGCUUCACCUAGGACCAGUAACUGCGUCUGCAGAGAAAAUCCCAAUACUGGGAUUGCUAGUUUUGCUAGUCAGCAUCUUUUAGAUCUGCUAGCGAGAUGCAUAUCACCUCCAAUUUGUUUCCAAGUUGAAAACCUUUGGCUCUUUCCAUGUGAAGGGUUUGGAAGACAUACAAGAAAAAUUCCUACUGGUUUUAAAUUACAAUGGAAAAAUAUGAGAACCUAGGAUUGGUUGGAGAAGGGAGCUAUGGAAUGGUGAUGAAGUGUAGGAACAAAGACAGCGGAAGAAUUGUGGCUAUUAAGAAGUUCUUAGAAAGCGACGAUGACAAAAUGGUAAAGAAAAUAGCUAUGCGAGAAAUCAAGUUACUAAAGCAACUGAGGCAUGAAAAUUUGGUGAAUCUGUUGGAAGUAUGUAAGAAGAAAAAACGCUGGUACCUAGUCUUUGAAUUUGUUGACCACACGAUUCUUGAUGACUUGAAAGUAUUUCCAAAUGGACUAGACUAUCAAGUAGUUCAAAAGUAUUUAUUUCAGAUUAUUAAUGGAAUUGGAUUUUGCCAUAGUCACAAUAUCAUACACAGAGACAUAAAGCCUGAGAACAUACUAGUCUCUCAGUCUGGUGUUGUGAAGCUAUGCGACUUUGGAUUUGCACGGACGUUGGCAGCUCCUGGGGAGGUUUACACUGACUACGUGGCCACCCGGUGGUACCGAGCUCCAGAACUGCUGGUUGGUGACGUCAAGUAUGGCAAGGCUGUUGAUGUCUGGGCCAUUGGUUGUCUGGUCAUUGAAAUGCUCAUGGGGCAGCCCCUAUUUCCGGGAGAAUCUGAUAUUGAUCAGCUACACCAUAUCAUGACAUGUUUAGGUAAUUUAAUUCCAAGACACCAGGAGCUGUUUUAUAAAAACCCCGUGUUUGCUGGAGUAAGAUUGCCUGAGAUCAAAGACACAGAAACAGAACCCUUGGAGUGCCGCUAUCCCAAGCUCCCUGAAGUUGUAAUAAAUCUAGCAAAGAAAUGCUUGCAUAUUGACCCAGACAAAAGGCCCUUCUGUGCUGACCUUCUACAACAUGAUUUCUUUCAAAUGGAUGGAUUUGCUGAGAGGUUUUCUCAAGAAUUGCAGUUAAAAAUAGAGAAAGAUGCCAGGAAUAAUUCUUUACCCAAAAAAUCUCAAAACAGAAAGAAAGAAAAAGAUGAUACCUUAGGUGAAGAAAGAAAGACGCUUGUGGUCCAGGAUACUAAUGCUGAUCCCAAAGUAAAGGAUUCUAAAAUGCUUAAAAUAAAAGGGUCAAAAAUUGAUGGUGAGAAAACUGAAAAAGGAGGUAGAACUUCAAAUGCAGGCUGUAUCCAUGACAACGGGACAAGCCACAUCAAAGGCUUGCCUUCCACAAGCCUCAGAGACUGCAGUAAUGUCAACAUUGACCACCCAAGAAACCCAGGCAUGGCGAUUCCUCCACUCACACACAAUCUUUCUGCAGUUGCUCCUGGCAUCAGUGCUGGGAUGGGGACUAUUCCUGGAGUUCAGAGUUACAGAGUGGAUGAGAAAACUAAGAAAUACUGUAAUCCAUUUGUUAAAGCCAGCCAGCCUUCUCCAUCAGGGAUCUAUAACAUGAAUGUGACCACAUCCGUCUCUAGUGAAAAGUACCUCCUUCAGGCAAGUAAGAAAAGGAAGGAGUAUUCCAAAGCAGAUGUGCGACUGCCUGAACUAAACUAUAAUCAUCUCCCGGAACUGAGAGCUUUAGAAGGCUUAGCUCGAAAUUCUAGGCUAAUAAAGAAGGAGAACAAAUCUCUUUCAGAAUCUCGAAUUCCCUCCCUGGCUGCUAUUGACCUGCAUGCUUCCAGUAUUGCCUUGCACCAGGGAUCAGGAUCGCCCCUGUCCGAGGAUUCUGAGGGUGAUCUGCCUCGAAUGGAACACCAGCACUGAGACUCACUAACCUGACAGGGAGCAAACAACGAUAUCAUUUAGAGCAGCAAGCAAACAGAAAAUAUUAAGGGUCAGAUCUGCCAAAGCAAAACACCCGUGUGCUGAGUGCUCUCAAGCAGAGCUGAGAAGGUAAAGGCCGAAUAAAGGGGACACUCAAGUUCCAGUGCCAAAGGACUCCUUAAGAUACCCAGCUCUCACUUCUCUCCGUGGGAUCUACAGAGGCGGCAGACCAGUGAAAAUUCCAGCACGGGUUUUGGUAAAAUUUUACCAAGUGAUUUUAAAUUCAUAUAAAAAUGCAAAGAAUCGAUAAUGGCCAAAACAACUUUGAUACAUAACAAAGAAAGUAGACUAACAGUACCUGAUUCUAAAAUGAUAAAGCUGUAUAAGACCGUUUGUAUUUAAUGCCUAGCAUUUAUAUGAACAAGGAAUCUCUAAGUACAUACAAGCCUGAAUACUCUGUGUUCUGUGACUUUUUCCACAAAACCUAAAGAUAGAGCUAUUAUUAAUUACCUAUUUCCAUGAAGAAAAUAUACUACUUAAAGGGAAGAGUUAUUUUAUCUGCAGACUCAUCCUUGUAAAGGCAUUCUUCAUACUCAGUAACCAGCAGAGUAACUGCUUCUGUACUGUUCCUGCAUGCAUUCCGAUCACAACGAUCCUGGGAAGCAAGCGCGUUUGGAAACAUCACAUAUUAAAGACCCCCCCCAACAAGUCUACGUUCUGUUUUGCUAUAACUCUGACAAAUUUGAUCCUAGUGGCGAGACCAUAUUCACCUUAAAGCAAUUAACUCAACAAUUAGCUCAGCAA